UAUCCCUUUAACACAUUUCACAAAGAAAACUACACGGUCCAGAAAUCUUUGCGGGAGACGUUCAGCGGCACGGGAAGAAGUUACGGUCAGACCGUGCGUUAAAGUUCAGAAGUUCUCCAUGUCCUCCAUCCCAUCAGAAGCAUGAAUUACGCUCGCUUUCUGACCGCUGUGAGCGCAGCAAGAAAACCAUCCGCUAUUCGCUUACUGACUGAGCUGCAGCAGCGAUCUCCUCCAUCCCUGAUCUCUCUGGCCGGAGGAGCUCCCAAUCCCAACACCUUCCCGUUCCAGUCGGCCACGGUGACGGUGAAGGGGGGAGAUGCUGUGGUGUUGGACGAGGCGCUGAUGAAGAGAGCGCUGCAGUACUCCGGCUCAUACGGGAUUCCAGAGCUGGUCUCGUGGAUGAAGGAUCUUCAGAAAAGCCUCCACAAUCCUCCCACAGCCGGCUACAGUCCACAGAGAGGACAGAUGGAGAUGUGUGUCACCACCGGCAGUCAGGAGGGGCUCUGCAAAAUAUUCGAGAUGCUCGUCAAUCCUGGAGACAACGUCCUCCUCGAUGCUCCGACAUACUCAGGAACGCUGGCGGCCCUGCAGCCGCUGGGCGCCAACAUCAUGAAUGUGCCGAGCGAUCAGCAUGGCAUGAUCCCGGACGACCUCCGCAAGAUCCUGGCACAGUGGGACCCGACCGAUGCUCAGAAGCCGGACUGCACCGUACCGAAGGUCCUGUACACCAUCCCCAACGGAGGCAAUCCCACCGGAGCGUCCAUGACUCAUGAGAGGAAACAGGAAGUCUAUGAACUUGCCAGGAAAUAUGAUAUGCUUAUCAUUGAGGAUGACCCAUAUUAUUUCCUGCAGUUCCAGAAACCGUGGGCACCAACAUUUCUCUCCAUGGACGUGGACGGACGCGUCCUCCGAACCGAUUCGUUCUCCAAGAUCCUGUCGUCGGGGUUGCGGAUCGGGUUCGUGACGGGGCCGAAGCCGUUGGUGGAUCGGGUGGUUCUGCACAUCCAGGCCUCGACCAUGCACACCAGCACCUUCACACAGAUGAUCGUGUCGCAGCUGCUCCAGAACUGGGGUCAGGCUGGUUUCCUCACACACAUCGAUGGGGUGAUCGAGUUCUACAGAUCUCAGAGGAACGCCAUGCUCUCCUCAGCCGACCGCUGGCUCAGAGAUGUAGCCGAGUGGCAUCCUCCGAUGGCUGGGAUGUUCCUGUGGAUUAAAAUCAAGGGCAUUAAAGACACACAGCGGCUGAUCAUGGAGAGAGCGUUAGAGAAAGAGGUUCUCCUGGUUCCUGGAGGAGUGUUCAACAUCGUCAGCUCAGAUCCCUGUCCGUAUGUUAGAGCGGCUUUCUCUCUCUCCACACCUCAACAGAUCGAUGAGGCGUUCAGGAGACUCGCUGAUCUGAUCAAGGAAGCCGUGUGAGUCGUUAAUCUCCAGGAGGAAAUUGGAAUGUCUUUAAUGUCCAGUAUCAUCAAUUAAAUGCUGCUGUCACGUGCCACACACACACACACACACACACACACAGACUCGAUCUGCCCAAUGUACUGCCUGUUUUGCACAACAGCGAACCCAUGUUUUCUCAAAUUUAAAACAAUGUUUAACACUAUCUCAAGAUUGAAGAAUUUUUUUCUCUUCAUGUGGUGUGUAUUAAUAUCAAGAUUUGCUGCUGAAGUUGGAUGUCUCUGGAGGCAUUUCAUGUGCUUUUAAAACUGGUUUAUUGUGUAAAAUGUUUAAUAACAGAAAGGCGAAGGAAUGUAGUUGUCCUAAUCCGUUGAUUGAAUCUCUGUGUUGAAUUGUGUCGUCUGUAGUUCACUGGUCAGCUGCUGUUUGCAACACACACGAGAAUCAGAUGUAGCAGCUUUUAAAACGGCUUUAAGCCGAUGGACCCUCGUCACAGAUUGAUGACGCAUUUCUUUUUUAAAGUAGUGUUCGUUUUUAUCCGCAUAUCUUGCGUUAUAUUACAAUGACUUGAAAUUAGUUAACACUGCUGUGAUGGGGUUUAUGAAAGUUCUGCUUCAAUCUCUCUAUUGUUUUGUUAUUUUUAAAAAGUCGUGGAAAUGCAAUAGUGUUUUUUGUUUACCUCUGACACUUGAAGCAAAUGAUAAUCU